CACUUGUGUGCAGUGUGCACGAAAUAAUAUUGCUGAAAAUCUUAAAAUCGGCGGGGACACGCCAGCGAGGCCCCGUGCAGCACCGUUAAUUGUACAUUUGUGGUGGAAGGUUAUUAUUAAUGUUAACAGCAGCAGCAGUAUUUCAGUAGCUGCAAUUAGUACUGUUAAGUUGUAUACUUUUGUCGUUUGUUGAAUGAGAGGCCUUUUUAUUUAAAGAGAAAUCAAUACAACUCAAGUGUUCCAUGGGCGUGAAGGCGAUAGAGCAGUGAAACAGAAACCGUCCGCCAACGCACCCUCUACGACCUGGUAAAGCUACUAGUCCUCGUGAUGAAACGCUCUCCAGAUGGGACCAGACGUGUCCCUCAAGCCCUGAGAAGAAAGAAAGGGUUCAGUGUCCAGCGGGGAAAGAAUCGCACGGGCUUUAAUGUUGGCGAUAACAGAAGUACACGUCUUUGUGUUUUACAUUUUCUGCUCGUUAUCCAGAGAGAAACCAGUCCCGGCCUGUGUUUACUCGUUUUUAGUCAUUCAACCUUUGGCUGACCUUCGGCUGACCUUUGGCUGAUCAUUCCUUUAGAGCUCUGCGCAGUUCCCAGUUAGAUUAAAUCACAGGAACAAAGCAACACGGAUGGACAAACACAUUUAGAAGAUAUAAAUGCCCUUUUCUUUUCAACAUUUAAAUCGUGAAGCUCUAAAAAAUGUCAGUUCAAGUAUGAUUUUUUAUUUUUUUUUUCCAACCUCAACUAAAUGACAACCUUUCUGACCAAGGCUCCACAUUGAAUCACCAACGUUUGUCAUGUGUAUUAGAUGUGGUACAGGACAGGACAGCGAACUUUUCUCUAAGUGUCUGAUUGCUGCGUCAAAUACUUUUACCAUAACUGUUUUUACUGUCACCACUCUGUCAGUAUGGCCGCUGCUGCCACAAUCCACCUGUCUGUUUGCCUGCAGCUCCGCGGUGGCCUCGGGCCGGCGGCGCGUUAACGGAGUGGAUUUGUACUACGAGCAGACGGGGAGAGGGAAACACGCUGUGUUGUUGCUUCCUGGUGCUCUGGGAAGCACGAGGACAGAUUUCGGUCCUCAGCUUAAGUCUCUCGACAAGGAACGCUUCACUGUAGUGGGCUGGGACCCCCGUGGUUAUGGACAGUCCCGUCCCCCAGACAGAGACUUUCCCUCCGACUUCUUUGAGCGGGAUGCAAAGGACGCAGUGGAUCUGAUGAAGGCGUUGGGCUUUGGCAAGUUCUCUCUGCUGGGCUGGAGUGACGGAGGAAUCACCGCCCUCAUUGCAGCAGCGAGAAACCCCGACCUGAUCAACAAGAUGGCUGUGUGGGGAUCCAAUGCCUUCGUUUCCCGGCAGGACCUCGAGCUUUACGACGCGGUCCGUGAUGUCUCCAAGUGGAGUGCGAGGAUGAGGCAGCCCAUGGAGGAGGUGUACGGAGCAGAAGUCUUUGCUAAAACCUGGGAGGCCUGGGUGGAUGGGAUCACACAGUUUGCGAAAAGACCAGAGGGGAGUAUCUGCAUGGAGCUUCUGCCCCUCAUCACUUGUCCGACCCUCAUCAUUCAUGGAGAGAAAGACCCCAUGGUGCCAAGCUUCCACCCACAGUACCUCCUCAAGCACAUCAAGGGGUCAGGAUUACAUCUGAUGCCAGAGGGUAAACACAACCUCCACCUCAGGUAUGCUGAUGAAUUCAACAGACUGGUGGGAGACUUUCUGGAACGUUGACUGACACGGUGAAACAAACAAUCAUUUUGUGGUGGAGAACCAGGGCGACUGAGAGCUCAUUGCAAAUAUUUACGUUGGGAGACUCAAUUUAGUCAAUUAUUUGAUUCCUACCCUGUUUUCAUGAGGUUCAUAAUUGAUGCAUUGAUUGUUAAAUACUGUGUAUUUACAUAAUAUCUUUACUUUAAAUUUCUCUGUAAUUUGUUUCUAAUGAUUAAAUCUUGAAAGAAGAAAGUGGGUGAUUUAUUUCUCAUAUUAUGUAACUCAACACUGUGUAACAUUCGCUGUUACUGUGGCUGUUACAAGCAGAACUGAAAAAUGAUUAGUCGAUUAAUCGAUCAACAAAAAAUUAAUCUGCAGCUAUUUUUUGAUAAUCGAUUGUUGGUUUGUGUCAUUCUUCAGGCAAAAAUGCCAAACAUACUCUGGUUCCAGCUUUUUAGAAGUGAGACUUUGCGGCUUUUCUGCAGCUCAGGUGACACUAAACUGAACAUCCUUGGGUCUUGGUCUGUUGGUCUGACAACACUGGCAGUCUGAAGCCGCCACCUUUCAUUUUUGGGAUUAUUACAAUGGGCCUUUUUUCACAAUUUUUGCACAAUUUCUUUUCUCGACCUGGUCAUGAGAAGGUCAUACAUGCUACACAUUGUCUCAGUUAAAUUAUUGUAAUUCAUUUUCAUUGUAUUCAGGGUUGAGCCAAAAAAAAAAAAA